AUGAGAGGACAAGAAUAUGAGGGGAUUGGGGACGAGAGGAUGGGGGGUCAAGAUGAAGGGGAUAAGGAGGCAGGUGAAAGUGAGUGCCCCCUGGUGUCCACCCUGAGCCACACCCCCAGCUCUCACAGGGAGCAGAAACUGGAGUCACUGGUGCAGGUGCUGCUGAGCCACAGACUGCAGGACAACUCCAACACUCCACUGUGCAAACGUCCACUCUGUGAGAAGGUGAUGUCCUCAGCCGUGGGUUUAGUGACUCACCUGCGCAGGUCUCACAUCAACAGAGCUGCUGUUCCACUGACUGGGUUUGGUUUCAACACACAGCAUCAUGGGCUCCGACCUCCUGCUAGCCUCUAUGGCAGGGCUAAAGAUCGCAGUUUUGUCGGUAAGCUGUGUGAGAAGGUGUUUAAAUGCUCAUCGACUCUCUCCACUCACCUGCUGAUCCACUCCAACACUCUGCCUUACUCCUGUCAAUACUGCGGCAAGAGAUUCGACCAGAAAUCUGACAUGAAGAAACACACCUUCAUACACACUAAAAGUGAGAAGGCGUUCAGCCAGAGCUCCAACCUGAUCACUCACAGCAGGAAGCACAGCAACUACAGACCGUUCCGCUGCCUGCACUGCCCGCUUGGCUUCCAGAGGAAACUGGACCCGCAGCGACACCUCGAGACGCACUGCAGCAGCAGCAUUUUUUUUUUAAUUAGAUGUGCUCUUAAUGAAUAUGCAAAUAAAAACAACAUGGAUAAACGUCUCUGA